UAAACGGCGCCGUUUUGUGCUCCAAAAGCUUGAUUGGCCACCUCGCAAGUCUCUGUUCUUCCGCAGUGACAAUUCAUCUUCAUCCCUCCGGGAUCCGGCCUAACCCUAGCCUCAUCACACACCGCAGAUUCCACCACCGGAGCCGCCGUAGCCAUGGCGUUCCGCCACCUAAUCAGCCUCGCCCGCCGCGGCCGAAGGCCACCCAUCCACGCCCUAGCCUCCCGACGCCUCCUCUCCACCGCCGUUGCCGCUGCUACCGAUGCCCCCCUCCCGUCUACUACGCGCCAAACCCCUAUGAUCUACGAUCAGUUAGCUGAAUCCGUCAAAAGGAAGCUGAAAAAACUCGAAGAGCCCGAUCAUCGCUUUCUCCAGCACAACUCCCCUCACGCCACCGUGGAUUCUCACACCGAAAUUCUCUCCGCUCCGCUCACCCGAGUCACGACCCUCCCGAAUGGCCUCCGAAUCGCCACCGAGUCCAACCUCGCCUCGAAAACGGCCACUGUUGGUGUCUUCAUCGACGCUGGAUCGAGGUUUGAAAGCGAAGAAUCCAACGGCACUGCGCAUUUUUUGGAGCAUAUGAUAUUUAAGGGCACGGAGAGGAGAAACGCGCGGCAGUUGGAGGAGGAGAUAGAGAACAUGGGUGGUCAUCUCAAUGCGUACACUUCCAGAGAGCAGACGACUUAUCACGCCCAGGUCAUGGGUUCAGACGUGCCGCGUGCGCUGGAUAUUUUGUCUGAUAUUUUGCAGAAUUCAAAGUUUGAUGAACAGAGAAUUAUCCGGGAGAGGGAUGUUAUUCUCCGGGAGAUGGAGGAGGUCGAAGGACAAACUCAAGAAGUUAUAUUCGAUCACUUACAUGCCACUGCUUUCCAGUUCACUCCUUUAGGGAGAACAAUACUGGGACCUGCUGAAAAUAUCAAGAAAAUUGGCAAAGAAGACCUACAGAACUACAUAUCAACUCAUUACACUGCCCCUAGAAUGGUAGUUGCGGCGUCUGGGGCUGUCAGGCAUGAAGAUAUUGUUGCAGAAGUUAAGAAAUUAUUUACGAAGUUGUCAACAAAUCCAACAACUGCAUCUAACUUGGUUGCCAAGGGACCUGCAAUAUUCACAGGCUCAGAGGUUAGGAUGCUUGAUGAUGACAUUCCUCUUGCCCAAUUUGUGGUUGCUUUUGAAGGGGCUUCUUGGACAGAUCCAGAUUCAAUUGCUUUAAUGGUCAUGCAGUCUAUGUUGGGUUCUUGGGACAAAAAUGCUGGUGGUGGAAAGCAUAUGGGUUCUGAGCUGGCACAGAGGGUUGGCAUCAAUGAAAUAGCAGAGAGCAUGAUGGCUUUCAAUACCAACUACAAGGACACUGGUUUAUUCGGUGUUUAUGCUGUUGCUAAGCCUGAUUGCUUGGAUGAUUUGGCCUAUGCAAUUAUGUAUGAGUUAACGAAGCUAAGUUAUCGAGUAUCCGAGGCAGAUGUUAUUCGAGCUCGUAAUCAGUUAAAAUCUUCUCUCCUGCUUCACAUGGAUGGAACUGGCGCUGUUGCAGAAGAUAUUGGGCGCCAGUUACUUACAUAUGGUAGAAGGAUUCCAUAUGCUGAAAUAUUCGCCAGGAUAGAUGCUGUUGAUGCCAGCACUAUCAAACGUGUUGCCAACAGAUUUAUAUUUGAUAGAGAUGUUGCAAUUACUGCUGUGGGGCCCAUCCAGGGCUUGCCGGACUACAAUUGGUUCAGGCGCAGGACAUACUGGCUCCGUUAUUAGGUUUCUUUUAAUUUUAUUGUUUGCAUUCUUGCGUGGUUCUUUUCUCCGCGUAUCAUCUUCUCUUUCAUUUGAUGGAAGUAGUUGAGCUGUAAUUGGUUAUUUCCCCUAUUUUUGUUCCAUGUUACUCUUUCAAGAUAAGGCAAUAAAAAUGAACAUAACAUGUUAUAUGUUCACAUGUUACCCUGAUUUUGUACUUUUGCCUCUGAAAAAAGCUGUUCUGUUUUUGUUG